CCGGGCACUGAUCUGUGACAGAACUUUUAUGAAGACAAACUUUGUUUUAGUUUUCGAAUAAAGAUUAAACUAAAUUGCUAGUCAGGAAGGGGCCACAAUAUAAAAAAAAUCAUAAUAUACUUUAACAAAUGUUUAAAACUGAAGUCAGAGAGUUUGUUUUGCUGGUUGUUGAUGAAUAACGGGUGAGUUAUCACAAUUAUAAGCAGUUACGUCAUAGGAAAAUAAGUGUACAAUGUCAUCGUCAUUAUCAGUGCCCCAACCUGCAAACACGAUAUAGGCUACGGAUUCACGAGCUUGGGAUGCGACACAACUAUUCACAUUUAAGAGGAUUGAUGCAGCUGCAUCGAUCCGGGCUACAAUUGGACGCGCUUGAAAAAGUAUCUUUUUCUAGAUUGCCAAACGUCCAGCGUGCAGAACCCUCAUCUCCAGCUUGCAAGGCCGCGACUUUCCAGUCAGGUCAAUGGUCAUCUGCAAAAUGAUGCCAGCCGGCCACCUGCCCUACGUGCCAACCCUGCUCUCCCUGAGCGCCCUGCUGCUGUCCCCGCUGCUCACAGGCUCUAUGGCCUUAUCUCCACCAAAGUUAACGAAAGUACCUGUAGACAUGAUUGCCGUCUCUGGAAAUAUCGUGUCCUUCGUAUGCCAAGCCACAGGUGACCCUAAACCAAGAGUAACAUGGAACAAGAAAGGGAAGAGGGUCAACUCUCAGCGGAUCGAGACGAUAGAGUUUGAUGAAGGAGCAGGUGCAGUUUUGAGGAUCCAGCCAAUCCGAGUGCCUCGAGAUGAGACCAUCUACGAAUGCGUGGCAGAGAACAGCGAGGGGAAAAUCAGUGCCCAAGCUAAGCUGUCAAUAAUUACAGAGGACGUGCUUCCGGCAGGCUUCCCCAAAAUCGACAUUGGUCCACAGCUCAAGGUAGUGCAGCUGACUCAUACCGUCACUAUGUCGUGCACCGCCAGCGGGAACCCAGAACCAGAAAUCACCUGGUUUAAAGACUACCUUCCCAUCGACCCCAACAAAAGCAACGGCCGGAUCAAACAGCUCAAAUCAGGUGCCCUCCAGAUAGAAAAUAUAGAAGAAACCGACCAGGGAAGGUACGAAUGCGUGGCAUCUAACGUGGAAGGUGUCCAGUACUCUAACCCUUCCAACCUGUAUGUGAGACCUCUGGCCUUUGUUCGACGCCUGCCACCUCGUUUCUCCAUCCUGCCCAGCAGCCACGAGAUCAUGCCAGGAGGUAGUGUCAACAUCACUUGCGUUGCAGUAGGCUCGCCAAUGCCCUACGUCAAGUGGAUGCUAAACUCGGAGGACCUGACGCCCGAGGAUGAGAUGCCAGUGGGCAGGAACGUCCUAGAGUUAAACGGCGUCCGAGAGUCGGCCAACUACACCUGUGUGGCCAUGAGCAGCCUGGGCAUGAUUGAAGCUGUGGCCCAGAUCAUUGUCAUGUCCUUGCCAAAACCUCCAGGUAGACCUGUCGUAACGGAAACCACCUCAACCAGUAUCACUAUCACUUGGGACCGUGGCAACCCUGAGCCAGUUUCCCAUUACAUGAUCCAAUAUCGUGCCAAGUCUCCAGAGAGCAAAUUUGAGACUGUGGAGUCCAUCACCACCACUCACUAUAGUAUCGGAGGACUUUCUCCAAACACAGACUAUGAGAUCCGUGUAUCAGCCUUCAACACCAUUGGCCAAGGGCCACCCAGUGAACCAGUUGAGGCUAGAACUGGCGAGCAAGCUCCUGCUAGUCCUCCAAGAAAUAUCCAGGCCCGCAUCAUCUCGCAGAACACCAUGAUGAUGCGUUGGGAUGAACCGGAGGAGCCCAACGGGCAGAUUAAGGGUUAUCGGGUGUACUACACCAUGGACCCGUCACAAGUCAUGAGCAUGUGGCAAAUCCAUAAUGUUCAGGACAGUGUGAUCACCAUGAUUCAGAAUAUGGUGCCCUUGAGGACUUACACCAUCAGAGUCCUGGCCUUCACAUCUGUUGGAGACGGACACUUCUCGGAUCCCAUCCACGUCAAGGUGCUUCAAGGAGUUCCUGGACAGCCAAGCAACUUUCAGGUUGGGAAGGUGUCAGACACAAGCGUUCAGCUUACAUGGGAAUCUGCCUUUGAGAAUGAAGGGAUCAUCAGUUAUGAACUUCACUACAAAGAGGGGAUACAAGGACCUGAGGUAAAGAAAACUUUCGGCCCAACCUCUUCCCACUUGGUGGAGGGCUUACGUGCGGAUACAGAGUACCACUUCUCCUUGGCCGCUGUCUCCAACAAGGGGAUCGGGGCCUUCACCAGCGAAAUAUCCCAAAGGACAUCCCAAGCCAGUGUGUUUGGUGAUAAAGUAAAGUCAGUGUCAGUGAUGGAGGGAGAUUCUGUUAUUCUACCCACUGAUACCGACAUACUGAGGUAUAAUCUGAUCGAGUGGUGGUUUGGAGAUCAACAGUAUCUCAUAGCUAGAAUCAAUAGGGAAGCCAAUUCACCCAGAAUAUAUGAUAAUGUUCUUGAUGGGAGAUUCAAAGACAGACUGAAGCUGAACAGUGAGACAGGAGAUCUCACCAUCAAAAACUUCAAAGCUCAACACACUGGAGAUUAUAAACUAGAGAUGUUUAGCGAGAAGAUUACAGUCAAAACAUUCAGCAUUAGUGUGUUUGGUGCUGAAGUGAAGUCAGUGUCAGUGAUGGAGGGAGAUUCUCUUACUCUACACACUGAUAUUAAACUACAGACAGAUGAUCUGAUACUAUGGAGGUUUGGAGAUCAACAGGAUCGCAUAGCUAAACUCAACAAGGAGGCCAAUACAAUCAGAAUAUACGCUGAUGUUCUUGAUGGGAGAUUCAAAGACAGACUGAAGCUGAACACUGAGACUGGAGAUCUCACCAUCACAAACAUCACAACUCAACACUCUGGGGAUUAUAAACUAGAGAUCAACGGAGAGAAGAUUAUAACAAAGACAUUCAGUGUUCGUGUGUCUGUAGAUGCAGAUAAACUGAAGGCAGUGAUGUUGGGAGAUUCUGUCACUCCACCUGAUGUUGCCAAUAUAAAAGCCAAUUGAAAAGAGUCAGAAGAGAUCAACAAACCUUUGAGGACUGGAAGCCCCUGCAGCAGUGAUAUUUCUUAAAUGUUAUGAUCAACAUCAAAUACAUCAAAAUUAUUAACCGCAUUAUAAAAUGUUUAGGUAAUAUAUGAUUCACCAUAUAGAGUUUACAGCUUACUGUAUUUAUAAGCUAUACAGUAUCUUGCCCAAAAAUGCCAAUAGUACCAUCAUGUUGAAAUCAAAUCCAAGUUUUCUAAAGCAGUGAUCAGUGUUGGGGAAAGUCACUUUUAAAAGUAAUGCAUUACAAUAUUAAGUUACUCCUCAAAAAAGUAACUAAUUGCGUUACUUAGUUACUUUUCAUGGAAAGUAAUGCUUACAUUACUUUUAAGUUACUUUCGCGUUACUUUUUCUUACUUGGCUGAGGCUUGAUCUCUUUCAGCCUUGCAGGUGUUUUUUAUGAUCGCAAAAAUGUCGAGCUCUGGCCUGCCAUCUCCGUUUCUGAAUCAAACUGUUCAGAGUGUGCAGAUCUACGUUAAUAUGUUCAGUUUAAUUCAGUACAUUAUUUUAUUUUUAAAUUGAAUUAAUUAAACUGAAAAGUAACUCAAAGUAAAAAAAAAAUUUUUUUUUAAAUAUUAAUGUGUACAUUUAUAAAGUAAUGCGUUACUUUACUCGUUACUUCAGAAAAGUCAUAUUAUUACGUAAUGCACGUUACUUGUAAUGCGUUACCCCCAACACUGGCAGUGAGUCCCAACCUCUUUUAACCCUAAGUACCCCCACAGCUCUAUCAGAAAGCUCAAUGACACUAAACCAAAGAUGAAUAAUCAGCAAUAAUCAAUUUGAAGCAUUAAAAUAAAUGAUCACUGACUGAUGAAGUAUGUUUAUUUGUCUGGAUGUUUAAAUCAAUGAUAGAGCUUAAAUUAAUCAGAGCUCAGUCAGCGACGCGAUAAUGUUGAGAAAGUUGAAUUUUAUGCAAAUCAUAAGUGAAGUGAAUCGUAAGUCUCUCAUCAUUUAAAGUUUAUGACAGGUUUUGUCCUAAAAUGCUGUUAUGAGUGAGUAGCACUAUUGUCUUACGCCUUUUUACAGUAAGACGUAGAAAGAGAGAGAGAGAGCGAGCGGGAGGAAUAAAGAGACACUAUUCAUCCGUGCAUGUUUUGAUGUAAAGUGUGUUGAUGUCAAGUCACUUGUGUUGGCCUAUCAAUAUUUCUAUAUAAUUUUUACCUCAGUAUUGAUGUAGCUUUAUAUUAUCAGUUUGUUGUCUUCAUGUUAUAUUUGCUAAAUAAAAGC